CCCCCCCCCCCAAAAAAAAAAAAGAGAGAAAGGCUUCCCACAUCAUUUGUUGUUGAUGUCAAAGACUUUGCAUCCUGUAUUUUGGAGCUUAAUCUGUCACUUGGAAGCUGUCCAAAUUAGGCAGAUGUCAACAUGGCAAUAUUACUAUCAAUGUUUAUUUUCAAGGACAUUGUUUGUUUACAUUGCUGUUGGUUUCUGGUCCUAGCUGGUCUCCCAGCCUGGUCAGUCUGGUCUGUUAACUGGUUUUACAGUAAUUCUGGGAGUUUUCCAGCUGGGUAAUCUGGAAGACCAGUCAGUUGCUCAAUUUAGUUAUAACACCAUUUUAGCCAGGCUGGGAGACCAGAUUAAUAAUCAAAGACCAGACUGGUUUAAUUGGGUUUUACAGCAGAGCAAUAUUGAUACUGUGUUGGGUCACCACUCAAUGUCCAAUGUAAAAUCCAAAACCAAAGACUUGCAUUCAAUAUUUUGGCACUUAAUAUGUCACUUGGAACCUAUACAGAUUAGGCAGAUGCAAACAUUUGAUGUCAAUGUUGAUGUUUAAUUUCAAGGACAUCUGUGUUUACAAUUGUACACACUUCUGGCAAAAAUGUCUAAAUCCAGACUAACCUGGUUUGCCGGUUUUAGCUGGUCUCCCAGCCUGGUCAGGCUUGUCUGUUAGCUAGUUUCUGGAGUGGUUUUGGCCACUUUUAAGCUGGUCGCCAAGCAAAAUCAGCUAAUCACCAUGGUGUAGAGAUGGGAGAUCAGAUUUAACCAACUAAAACCAGAUUAUGCUGGUUUAAGCAGGUUUUGUCAGCAGAACAGUAAAACAAUUUUGGUUCUGUUUUGGGUCACCAAGAGUAACUUCUGAACAACUAAAGGUGUAAGUCAGCACCUUCCUUAAGGCGGCGCAACUGGUGCGGACCGAGGGGGAAACAUUCCCCCACCCCCAAAACGAAUUUUGCUGGGUUGACCUAACAGAAAGCUCUCUGGUUUAAAAGUGACUUCUGUGUGAGCAGAUUCAUGUUUCGCUACACUAUAGACCUUUUCAUUGAAAUGUAGCUAAUGUGACACCUUAAGCCAGAUAUGAAGAUUUUUAAGUUGAUCUGCCUUUGCCUAACUCUUAAUGAUGUACUUGCUACUUCAAAAGCAGUUUGUAUAAUGAAGUCAUUUUAAACCCAUUGACAGCGCACGGUUGUCAGCAGAGCAGCUUUGCUUUUUGCUUCAGGCUGAGUUAAACAUCCUUCUGUCCUCGUAAACAGUGUGACCCAACUGCCCUACACUGACGGUCUUCUGUUGUUUUUCCUCUAGAGGCGAUGUCACAGUGAGACGAGACAGCCGACUGGAAGAUUGUCUUCUUGAAUCCGACACAGACUCUGAUGAUGAACAAAGUGAGGUGGACGAUGAUGAAGUCUCCAUACCCCAGGAUGCAUCUGAAACAGAGGAACCCACAAGUUCUUCAUGGCUGCGUUGUGUUCUUCAGUGAGCGAGAGGAGGGGGUAAAUGAAAAAUGAGAGCAAGGGAAAGGAGACUGAAGGAGGGUUAAAGGAAGAGAAAGUGAAGGCAAUGUCAACGGGCGACGAUGGAGUGCAAGAAAUCACGUGAGGGGACUGAAGUGGAACAGAUUGACUGACUUGCAGAAGGGAAGAAACAGAAGGAGGAGAGGAACAACAGACUGUUUUGAUGUAAACGUUGAUCCAAUAAAACCUACCAUGUUAUGUCUGUGUAUGUGUGAAAUUAUUUACCAUCGCUGGCACAUUUGUCUAUAAAUAUCUAUAGCGUUGUUCAUCAUAGGGCUCCUGUCCAACGCUACAUUAAUGUAUAUCGAUUUUCCUGCCGCUGCCUCUUUUAAUUUGUCGUCCUUGAAUACUUUUUAUUUACUUAAACUGGUCUUCAGAAUAUUAAUAAGCUGCUUCUUUUAUUCCAUCUGGCUAUUUUUGCUGUCAAAAUUCAUUUAUUUUCUUCUUGCUGCCUAUUUAAUUUGAACCAGUUAAGAUGCAUUAGUAUUUCAAUCUUUCCUCCAAUCCUCUUUUCCUCCCUCCCUCCCCUGGCUCUCUCUCUCUCGGUUUCUAUCUCUCUACCUCCCUCUUCUGCACUCUAUUUCUCACUUGCACAAUUUCUACAUGUCUCUGUCGCUACGGCAACCAAUGCUUUCCCCCACUUCCAGGCACUCUGCCUCUCUCCCAGUCUCUUCUUCAGUGGCAUGAGAUGAUCGGAGCGGCAAGGAGUCAGUGAACAGGCUGAAGCGAUGGAGCGAUGCUCCAUCUCUCCCCACACUGGAUUCAUUCCCCUUUGGAGCUUCCUGCUGGUCACUGUAAUUUUUUGCACUGCCACCGGUGACAGAGAUCGCAGGAAGUGGGAGGAGUUGGGCGAAAUGCAGAUGCCAGUCACGGCGCAGGCCAGCACCACUCAGCUCUGGGCGGUGGACUGGGGUCCCACGCAGCCCCUGGAGGAUGAAACCCAUCACUUCCUAUCCAGUCUGGAGACGGAAAGUUUGAGGGAGACUACGCCCGAGGACUGGUCACAUCGUCGGAGCAUGCCUGCCAAUCAAACUCAACACCCAACUACAGGAGAGAGGGACAAAAUAGAGACAGAAGAGCAGGACACCAAGGAAGUGGACCCACAGUUUUACGUGACAGUGACAAUUUCAUCUCUGCUGAUUCUCUCUGCGGUCAUCAUCUCUAUUAAACUCUGUUACGACCGCAGUCUCUCCCAGCGCCCUCCGCCUCUCUCCCUUGCCAUCCCUCGGUCCAUGGCUCAGGAGGACAGCAGGCAGACACUGCACAGCACUCCAUCCUUCCCCGACAGAGAGAGGAUACCAGUGGUCAAUCUUUGAAGAACUGACUCUUCUGAGUAUGAUAAUCAAAUCUCACCGGCAUGACAUAGACUUUGGUGUGCACACAUGGGCAAGCCAUCCGAAUGUACAUAACAUGUAGAUAGACACGUGUGGAUAUAUGGAUGAAUAACAUCUGUUUGGACACUCUGAUGAAGACUGUGAGGUUUUGUGGUCCAGUGGCUCCUUAUUUCGGGCUGUAACUCUUUCUUCCGAUGCUGUUUAUUCGCGACAGUAUUAUUCUUGUUAGUCAUAGCAGCCAUUCAGAAGGGCUCUGGGAAUGCCAAGUCCUCUACCAUAAAAACAACCAUUAGCUUCUGAUCCUGGAAUAAGCUGUGAUGUAUGUAGUUAUUAAUUUAGUAACUGGCGUGACAUACUUGUAGUAGCCUAUCUCAUGCGUACAAAGUUACAGGUGCCCACCGCUGCCUUUAUCACACUUUGUCUAGCAUUUAUUUGAGCUUAAUGAAUGACUGCAGCUAUUCUGAAGAGUUUGAUAUAAUUCACAUCACUUGUUUAUAGUGUUUUGUUUCAUAUGGCUCCGUGUCCCAUGGCAACAGUGGACUGCAAUGACGUCAGCUGAUAUAAACAGAUAUCUGGAAACACCUCUGCAGUGUUACCUUAUAAUUUACACUAAUUAUCUGACUAAUGUUUUUCGUCAAACAUCAGUUGAGGUGUUUGUGAAACCUACCUAAUUCUAUUCCAAGUGUUAUGCUUUUUAGCGUUAUACUUCUAAAUCAUGGCCAUAUAGCUCUUCUCUGGGUAUUUUUUUGGUUAGCAGAGAGCUAGGACUAACCACAGUGGUUGAUGUCGGUGAUGUUUUCAUGUUGAGUUUAUGGAAAACACAAUUAAGGACUGAAAAAUAAGCUUGGCGCUGUCAUGGCAUAUCUAGUUUGAUAAGCAAUGUAAAAAAACACAAGUUUGUUUGAUCUAUCACAAUGCUAACAACCAUGGCUAGCGAGGCAGCUUAGGGUUUUCUUGUUUCUGAACCGCAACUAUCAGCAGGGUUUGGGUUCUUAGACAAUAGAAACAUUUUUAAAUAUGUACUGAAGUCAGUGUUUACUUGUGUAUUUUGACUAAUUUGAUAAUGAAAGAGGAUAUUCAACAGGA